ACCACAGGAACCAAUUGGAUGACAGAGCUCCCACCCUGUGAUAUUUCGGUAUCAUUAACGUAGCAAAUUCUGAGCCACCAUCUGGAAUUGCGAAUAAAAUCUCUGAAAUUUGCGGUGGGGAGGCAGAUAAGUCCAAAGAUUACGAUGAUUUGACCCUCAAUCCAUUUCCUAACCAACAACUAUAGCGGCGAUUAGCACAUAGGGUUGGUUCGUUGGUUUCUCAAGAACAAAAAUGGUUGGGUGUCUCAUGGCUUCUCGUGGGUUCUCUCCUUGGCUUCUUCUCCCUCAAGAACAGGGCACGGGUAGGCUCUCCAAGGAGCAUCUGUCUUUUGUUCCGAGUCCUGGAACGAACCAAGAUAUACUCAAGCCAAGUUCAGUUAACCUAAGGUUGCAGCAAAAAGAGGACUUGUGGAAAACCGUGUGUAUGCUCUUGGAUGCUAAACAGAUUAUCCAGAUGAAUACGUACAGUGGUAGGCCUCUAGUAGUUGAUAUUCAAGCUGACUCUCCUUCCAAUUCAGUGCUCUUCAGCUUUGGGAUUGCGGAACAAUGCAGAAGGCACGAGAAUGUUCUGAAGUACCUCAUGUCUGGUUCAAGCGAAGUGGAUUUGUCUACACUGCAUGAUGUAAUGUGUCCACAAGCUUUGGCCAUGCCUGAAUCGCUAUCUGCUUCUUCUUUGGCUGAGUCUCAGUCGUCCCUUAUAUACCCUAGUAGUUCAUUCUCCCUCCAGAUUCCCCCUUCGGAUGUUGCAGGGUUCUUCGGCCAUGACCUAGAAAUUGCUCCCCUUUCUGAUGGACGACUGUGUCCUAGUGAAUCUACUACUUUGGUCGAGAUGAAGGAUAUACUUUCUAUAAUUUCCGAGUAUUACCAGUUGAAGAAUUUGAACUCAAUCAACAGUGGAAAGCAGUCAUUGCUGGUUCCAUACUUCGACAGGAAAAUGACCAGGGAAGCGAAGGCUAAACCUUCUACUCAGAAGCUUGAAAGUCCCGAGAGUUUGAAGUACAAGACAUCACCGAAAAAGAAAAGCAACAAGAAACUGAUCGACGAGAGAGAUCUUUACAGGAACAACAAUCUCCAUGCCUGUGAAAGCCUCCUCUCCAUAAUGGUAGACAAGAAGCGACAGGGGAGAACAGCCAUCAACUCGCUGAAGAAAUCUGGCAGCGAACUUCCCAGGUUUCUCACCCAGUUCUCUGCUGUAAUUGCUGGCACUGGCCUUGCUGUCCUUUUCUCCGUCGCCUGCAAUCUAGCAUGCGGGAGAGUGGCCUUCUCUGCACCCAAAAUCUUCAACACUGGGUUAGGUCUUACUCUGGUUUGGCUUUCAUGGGGCGUGAACAAUCUAAGGGACACGGUUAUCUCAAUCAGUAAAUGUUCGGGCAAGGUGGGCGCGAGAGAAGAGGAGAUGAUGAAUAACCUGGACAAGAAUGUGAAGGAGAUUUAUUUCAGGGCUGCAGCUUUCAUGGCUGUCGCCGCUCUAAGGUUCAUUUGACAGCAAGAACAUCACCAAAUGGAUCAAGAACAUGGAGAUCUAAAUGUACAUUUCGCUCAUAGAAUGCUUCCUAGAAUCUGUGAAUGAAAGGUUCUAAUCAUAGUAGUAAAAGGAUUCCUCAGGGUUUGUUUUAGGCCUAGGCACAUUUUUCGUGUUGUAAAUCAAACCUAUUUCUAGUAAGCAUCAAAGCCUAGGUUUUUUUU